AUGGCUUCCUCCAGCCUGACAGGGGACGACGAGGGCGCGCCUAUCUUUGACUCGCUCGCCAAGUUCUACACCUCGGUCGCUAUCGUGUGGACCGUGGUGAUUUUUUCUGGUGCGGGCCUUCUCAUUGCUAAUCGUCGUGAACAAUGCAUUCGCAUUCGCAACUUGUCGCUUCUUCUGAGCGCCGUGGGGUGUCUCCACAUCUAUUGGAUCUUAUGCCUGGUCGCCUACUCCAUGAAUGGCAGAUAUCCUUGUGUGGCAGAGUACUGGGUAAUGAGCAUCUAUCUUCCAUUGGGAAUGGCUCUAUUCCAAGCGAAUAGCAUGCAGCUUCUGAGUAUCUUCGGUAUCCAGGAGAAAUUGCUUCUAUCGACCCAUCGCCCGUAUGUACCUCACUUAACCAGUCGCACCUAUUCUUCAGGACGAUAUUUGGACAAAUGGAGGCAACUGAACCUCGUCCAGCGAACUGAGUUUGGUAUUGUGGUUGGAAUGGUGAUUCAAAUAAUUCUGUCGCUUUCUAUCUUCCUCACUUCUCGAAAAUUUCAAACUUUCGGCACCUGGGAUAUGCGGGUCGGUCCUUCGGAAUGUCGACGCGGACCGGAAUGGGUUCCAUCUAUCCUCUGGCAACUAACAUGGUCGUGGCUAUUUGCCCCGUACAUUUUGUGGAAGAUACGCAAUAUCCACGAUGUUCAUCAUUGGCGGCUUCAGAUCACAAUUUGCCUGAUAGCUAACCUACCCGGCUCACCUAUGUGGUUUGCAGCCCUAUAUUCUUCGACUCCAACAUGGGAGGCUAUCAACAAAUACUGGGUCCCAGCCCUUUGGUUUACUCCCGGGAUUGUGAUGAUGGAAGCUGUGACUAUUUUCUUCCCACUUUACGAAGUCGUGAUCUCCAGACGGCGAAAAGCCCACAUGCUCGAGCAAAUCCAUGUCUGGACUGAAAAGAGCGCCUCAAAGAUUGACGAACCUGAUUCCGGAUUCUCACGCAGCCAAAGCGAGAUCAGCGGCCCGCACGUCCCCGAAAUUUAUUCUCGAGAGGCACUGGAGCAAUGUUUACUCGAUGACCCGGGUACACUUCUCCGUUUCGCCGCAGCCAAGGAGUUUAGCGGCGAGAACAUCCUCUUCCUCAACUACGUGCGAGACUGGAAAGCUGCGUGGGCAAAGGUAGGCGAGUCAGAGCUGGAAUAUGACUGGGCGCGGGAUCCGGAUAAUCACCGACAGCACAUGUUCAAAAUCGCAGUUGAGAUCCAUGCGUCCUGCGUUAAUCUCGAGACUGCUGAGUUUCCCAUAAAUAUUGAGUCUCAAAUUUACUCCAAUCUGAUGGAGAUGUUUGGCGAGGCCUCUCUCAUGCUUGUACGUGAUGCGCAAGGGAGUGCCUCGCGAUACUACAGGAAUAUGCCUGAUGGCUACCCGAUGUCGACGCACAGGAAGAAGUUCUCGACCGUCAUCACCGUUGAGGAAGAUAAACAUGCCCUGUGCUUCGAUGCCUUUCCUUUUGAGACCCACAGCAUUAUGCAUGUUGAGUCACGGCUUCCUGACUCUGUGGUUAUUCCUGGGAGGUUCUCGUCUAAGGUUUUCGAUCAGGCAGAGAAGUCUGUCAAGAACUUAGUUUAUACGAAUACGUGGCCCAAGUUUGUGGAGUCUUCUUCGAGUACGUCGUCCAUUCAUUCGAAAUGA